GCAUGUGCUGGACUGACUGCUCAGAAUGCUGCUGUUGCUUCUGCCGCCGCUGCUGCUGCAAUGCUCCUUAACAAGCGGAGCCACUGAUCCCAUCUACAUGGUGACAGUCACUUCCCAGGUAGUGGGUGGCAGCACAGAGACUCUGUGUGCACAGAUAAAUGAGCCCAAAGAAACACUUUCUAUAGUGGUAACUUUGAGGACUGACAAUCUCAACCUGACCAUCCUACAACAGGGUUUCAUAACAAAGGAUUUCUACAAAUGUGUCCCUUUUAAGGUCCCUGUAGUCACUGAAGAGUCCGUUGCAUCCAUCAGUAUUGUAGUCCAAGGGGGCAAAACAUCUCUAAACAAAACCACUCAAAUCCUCGUAAUUCCCCCCAAAAAUCUUCUUUUCAUCCAAUCAGACAAGCCUAUCUACAAGCCUGGGCAAACAAUUAAAUUUCGCAUUGUGUCUCUGGAUUCCAAUUUCUUGCCUCGCAAACAAGUGUUUCGAACUGUAGAACUCCAGGACCCUUAUUCAAAUCACAUUGGGCAGUGGUUGAAUCAGACCACAAGGAUUGGCAUUUUGGAUCUGUCCCACUCUAUGUCUCCAGAAGCUACUCAGGGUUUAUACACGAUCACUGCUUGGGAUGAGAAGAACCAACAAAUAUCACACAGCUUUGAAAUUAAAGAAUAUGUUCUGCCAAAAUAUGAAGUGAACAUCAAUUUUCCCUCCAUUUUAACCAUCCAGGAUAAAGAAGUCACUCUGAAAGUUUGUGCAAAAUACACUUAUGGCAAGCCUGUGCUGGGGUCUGUGAAUGCUGAAGUGUGUGGGCAGAGCUAUGGUUAUUAUUGGAUGAGACCUUUCUCUGACAUGGUUAAUGUAUGCAAGGAAUAUUCAAUGAUGACUGACAAGACUGGCUGUGGGUCUCAGGUGGUAAAUGUGACAGAAUUUGGCUUGUCUUCAGGAGGAUCUUUCCAAGUGAAUAGUAAAGUUGAAGAGUUUGGAACAGGAAUAACUAUGGAGAGUUCUACCUCAGCUGUGUUUACCAGUGAAUAUGUCAAUGCAAACUUUGAGGACACGCCAGAUACAUACAGGCCAGGCAUGAUCUUAAAGGGAAAGGUCAGUCAUAAAGGAGGUGAAGAACGGACUGAUUUUGAGGCUUUUAGAUAUUAUCCAUCAGACUAUCUCUAUGUAAGACCAUUUCACUCCAAAAGCAAAAGUUUCCUGAUGUUGACGAAGGGUCCAGAGAAGCUCAGCUGUAAAAGUGAUGCAACAGUGACGGCCAGUUACAUCAUUCAGGGCAGUGCGCUGAAAACAGGCCAGAAAACCUUGGAUUUCUUCUACAUUGUCUUGUCCAGAGGCAGCAUGGCUCGAAAUGGUCUUCUGUCUGUGAAUGUCAACACUGGAAGAGAAAACAAAGGUGAACUGACAUUCACACUAAAGAAGACAGCAGCUCUGACUCCAUAUGCUCAGGUGGUGAUUUACACAGUUCUUCCCAAUGGAGAAACAGUAGCAGACAGUACAAACUUCCCCAUUGAAAAAUGUUUGCCAAACAAGGUGUCCUUAAAAUUCUCAUCUCCCACCACACUACCUGGAGAGAGGACGUCUCUUAACCUGCAUGCCAGUCCUGGCUCCUUAUGCUCCGUGCGGGCCAUAGAUCAGAGUGUGCUGCUGUUAAGACCGGAGGCCGAGCUGGAUGCAGCCUCUGUCCUUGGAAUGUUACCAGUCCAGAUUUUGUCAGGUUACCCAUACAAUGUCGAGGAGUGGGAGCCUAACACCUGCCGACCUCCCUGGGAGAACCCCUUUGCUGAACCUGCGAGGCGCAAGCGCUCCCACUUUUAUUACCCCUACUAUGACAACAGAAAUGAUGCCUACAACAUUUUUAGAGCAGUUGGAAUCAAAAUCGCUACCAACUCUGAUGUGAAAGCACCUGUUGAUUGUCGGCGUUAUAGCACAAUGGUUAUGGAGGACUCUGCUGUGGACAAUGGUGGGCUCUUGGGCUUUGCCGGGCCAGAGAUGGGGUUCGGUUCAAAUGUGGGAAAAUAUACACAGAAGAUCCGCAAAUUAUUUCCAGAAACCUGGAUAUGGGAUCUUAUACCUGUGGGGAGAUCCGGAUAUGUGGAUGUUGCAAAGAUUGUCCCGGAUACCAUCACUAAAUGGGCAGCAGGGGCUUUCUGCACAUCCCCUGUCGGGUUUGGAGUGGCCCCCAGGACUGAUCUCACUGCUUUCAAGCCCUUCUUUGUGAGCCUCGCCCUCCCUUACUCUGUAAUCCGUGAGGAGGCGUUCACGCUUAAAGCCACUGUAUUCAACUACCUCCCCAAAUGUAUCAUGGUGAAGGUCACGCUGGCAAACUCACCGCAGUUCACAGCUCAGUCGUGCAAAGGCUGCACUUACACCCAGUGUGUUUGCUCUGAAGAGAGCCAAACCUUCCAGUGGAUUGUUACACCCUUUGUCCUGGGAAAGGUGAACAUUACAGUACGCGCUGAGGCGGUGCAGAGCCGACAACUGUGUGGCGAUGAAGUGGUGACUUUGCCGGACAAAGGCAGAGUUGAUACUGUGAUGCAGAGCAUUCUGUUGGAGGCAGAGGGAUCCAAACAGUCAAUAACUCAGAAUGAACUCAUCUGCUUGGCAGACCGUCCACAGGAGACAUCAGUCUCUCUCACUUUACCCAAAGUCUUUGUCAAGGAUUCUGCAAAAAGCUUUGUCACUGUUCUGGGUGAUCUGAUGGGUCGUGCUCUGAGAAACAUCGCUGAUCUGUUGGCUAUGCCAUACGGCUGUGGAGAGCAGAACAUGCUGCUUUUUGCCCCAAAUAUCUACAUCCUUCAGUACCUGGAGAGCAGCAGGCAACUCACUCCUCAGAUUAAAGACCGAGCAAUAACCUUCCUGGAGAGUGGCUAUCAGAGAGAGCUGACAUACAGGCAUGAUGAUGGAUCUUACAGUGCUUUUGGGAGGACUGAUCCUUCUGGUAACACCUGGUUAACCGCAUUUGUGAUGAAGUCUCUCAGUGGGGCAAAGAAGUAUAUAUUUAUAGAUCAGGCCAACAUCGAUCAGGCAAAGGAUUGGCUGGGUCAACAACAGCAGAAGAACGGCUGCUUCGCCUCAGUGGGGAAACUCUUCAACAACAUGUUGAAGGGUGGUGUCAAUGAUGAAGUCACUCUCUCUGCAUACAUCACCGCAGCACUGCUUGAGUUAGGAGUUCAGAAGUCUGAUCCCAUUGUGGUGAAAAGCCUUGAAUGUCUUAUGGAGGCUUCCCAUAACAUUACCAACACUUAUGUGACCGCCUUGCUGUCCUACACAUUCACUCUUGCUGGAGAUGAACAGAUGAGACAGAACCUCCUCUCCAACCUGGACCGGCAGGCCAAGAGACAAGGUGUUGGACGAUACUGGACUCUGGAUAAUAAUGCGCAACCAUGGGGCUCUGUGGAGGUAGAGAUGAGUGCCUAUGUGUUACUGGCGCUGCUCUCGGGACCCACGCUCCCUGGAUUUGGACUGAACUACUCUGCUGGCAUAGUGCAUUGGUUAACCAAGAAGCAGAACGCGUAUGGAGGCUUCUCCUCUACACAGGAUACUGUAGUAGCACUCCAGGCCCUCGCUAAGUACAGUGCUGCCACCUACAAUCCAGAAGGAUCCAUUACCAUAACCGUGACCUCCCCCUCAGGCCAGAGGAACCAGUUCACUGUGAACCAGAACAACCGGCUGCUUUACCAGGAGAAACAGCUGCAGGAAGCUACUGGCAAAUACAAGCUGAGGGCAGAAGGCAAAGGCUGUGCGUUUGUGCAGUUUGCCUUGCACUAUAAUAUCCCACCUCCUCCAGACUCUUUGGCCUUCAAAAUCAGUGCAGAUUCUGGGGUUUGCAGCAACACAAAGAACACAGCUUUUACACUAACCACUAUUGUAAGGUAUAACGGCACACGAGCAGAGACCAACAUGGUGAUCAUUAACAUCAGGCUGCUGUCGGGGUUUAAGCCAGAUGAGACAUCUCUACAGGCUCUGAGAGAAGACCCCACCAUCAAACGUCUAGAUCUGGAUGGGGAUCAUGUCAUUUUCUAUUUGGAUAGUUUGAAAAAGAAUGAGCUGAAGUCCAUCAGCCUGCAGCUCGUGCAGGAAGUACCGGUGCACAACCUGAAACCAGCUGUGGUGACCGUAUAUGACUACUACAAGACCAGUGAAUUGUCUGUGAUUGACUACACCUCCCCAUGUGCAUAAACACUACCGCGAUGAUAUGAAGUGUUAAUGGUUGAAGAAUUAUACACUGGAAUAUAUGGCAAGACAGAUGUUCUGGUCUUCCAUCACUUUCUUUUAAUAAAAUCUUAUUGUUUUUCUUAAAUCAAAAUAUCUGCAUUAUGCAUUUUAGUUGCUAUUAUACAAUUUCUGCAUCAGAAACAUUUGUGUCCUGUGAUUAUUUAUCUUUAUUACUUUACAUACACUUAAAAGAAUAAGCUAUAUAUCAUUAGUGCAUAUUUGUCAAAUAUUAAAUCCUGGUUUCAAGUUUUAAAUCUUUCCCAAUCCAAUUAUAUAUAUUUUUUUGUGGAAAAGCACACAUCUACCAAUAUGCAUAUUUCUUACAAUAUUGCAGCAAAUCACUCUAUAUUUUAAUAGAAGUAGAACUGAUAUGUUGGUGUGGAUUAAUUAAACUCUCCUACUGGUUUAGUAACUUAAGUUUUAAACAAGAUUUUAUCGCCAACACAUGAAUGCUGCAUUCAAACUUUCUGUUUGCUGUUGUAACACUCAAUAACAUCUGUAUACUGUUUCCCCCUCGAGUGUUUAAAAGUAGCACAGUCAAAAACUGUUUCCAAACCACUCAGAUGCUUGAUAUCUCUGCUUAGCAAAAGGAAUUCAUAUUUUAAAAUGCCUGUUAACUUCAGUAAUAUCAUGUUAGAAUGCUAAUUGAGAAUAUUCUCCUACUGCUGCCCACUAAAGCGGUGUCAGUUUCACAGCGUUAUAGGAAUUACCAAAUAAUUUCAGCAAACAAUCCCAACAAAUUGCAUCAGCAAACAACUCACUUCAGAGAGACUAAAGUGUACAGUAUACCCCAAACAGUUCAGUAUGUAUUGCCUACAUAUUGCUCAAAGACUGAACUGAUACUCACUAACUUCUCAAAGUUUGAAUUCUAAAGAGAUUGAAUUUUUUUUUUUUAAUGGCUGCCCUGCAGAAAAUAGCUGCAUAUUUAGUGAUAUGAUUUGAAAGGCAGUUUCCCCAUGUUUAGUGUCAAAAUCAUAAUAAAGUCCAAGUUAAAAUAUAUCUUUGAAUUUAUUUUUAGGGCUGCCUUUCAGCAAAUGGCUCCAUAUUUAGUAAUAACCCAUAUAUUUAAAUAUAUGAGUCCACCUGGAGUCCAAAAGACAAGGUUUAUGCAGAUCUUAAAAAGUCUUAAAUUCAUAAAAUUAUGGCAUUAAAUGUUGCAUGCACUGGGGAAAAAAUGAGAAUGAGUAUGUUUUAGAUAUAUUCUAAGUAAUUGAAAACAAUCACGCAAGUUAGCCAAUGCUUAAAACAAGAACAAAUAUCUGACAUGUAUUAAAAAAAUUUCCCCUUUUUUUCUGAGCCAAUUGGCUGUUUGUUAUUUAUUUAUUUAUUUAUUUUCUCAAACUCAUUUCAAAGUCUUUUCAGAAGACAGGACUUAUGUCAUUUUGCUUCUAAAGUAAAUGUAUCUUGAUUUAGGAAAAUUGCAUUUGCUUUCAUUAAACCUGCUGAGACCCUGAAAAUAACCAAGAGAACUUGAAUUUAAGCGUAAACGCCCUCAAAGAGUAUGACAUAUUUGAACUAUGAAAAUAACGAGUAUUUUCACACACUACCAGCAGUGUAUUGUACUUCUAAAGUGAUUUAUUCCAAGGUUCAUUUAUGAUACUGUUUAACUAGGGUGUUGUCCAACCAAAAUAAACUUGGUCUACAAACUUUCUUGGGUUAACCUUAUCGUAGCACAUCUUAGCAAUAGGUUUUUAAUUUAGCAUGCUGCUCUCUUGUCUGGUGUCAUGAAAACAACACAGUAGCUGUGAUGCAAGACUUCUGCUUGCAUUGCAGUGUUAAUUACAGCAGUGAGGGCUACUUGCCCUUUUACAUCUGAAGUCGAGUUUGGUUGUGACCUCUGGGCUAAAGUCUUCUCCGCAAGUGUUAGCAUGGAUCAUAAUUAGGCAAAUAAACACAAAAACACCAUAAAUAAGGAAAACUGUGAAUGUAUUCAUGUUCAACAUUUUACAACACUGUUUUUACCUAGUUCUGUGAUAGUACUCAAGACAUCUUACACGCAAAAUGAAGACUAAUUAUUCAUGUUGGUUUCAAUUCUCUGUAGAUUUCAUUUCAACAUACAGUUUGGUUUCGGGAGAAAGCAGAAAAUGUUGGUCUUUUUUUUUAACAGUGUCGUAAAUGUAACAUCGCUAUCCAUAAAUAAACAUUUUAUUUUCCCCAAACUAACACAAGGUGGAACAGACUAGAUAAAA